AUGAACUGCUCAUCCCACUAUUCGGAAUCUAUCGACAAUGAUGACCGCACUAACACCAAGCUUGUUCACUUCCACCAAAUGAGCAACGACGACCCCCCUGAGAAGGCGGUGGAGCCAUCGAUAAGGCCUUCACCCUACUGGAAUCUAUUCACAUGCUUUGAUAUCUUCCGGCCACGGAAGACAACAAAAUUGAAUGCAGAACAAGCGAGACGUCUUGACCUUGAACAAAGAACUUCGACACCUUCAAUAAUCACCGCUCUAUCAUUUGCAAAGAUGGGGUCUCAAGUCGAUGCUACUCCGUAUGCUUGGCCAAUCAGUGGCGGCAUGAAUCCCAUGACUACUGCUCUUGUCAUCAUUGAUAUGCAAAAGGACUUCUGCUCCUCCGAAGGCUACUUGGUUCACCAAGGCUAUUCCAUCGCUCCAGCCCGCGCAGUAAUUCCACGCAUCAAAGAACUCCUCACCAUCUUCCGCACUCUCAACUUCCCAAUCUACCACACCCGCGAAGGCCACCGUCCCGACCUCUCCACCCUUUCCGCACGCGAAUUAGCCCGCAGCAGGAACAACCCUUCCGGCCUCGGCAUCGGCGACAAAGGGCCCCUAGGUCGGCUGCUUGUUCGAGGUGAAUCAGGCCAUGAUAUCAUUCCUGAGCUGUAUCCCCUCGAGGGUGAGCAAAUCAUCGACAAGCCCGGCCGCAGUGCUUUCCAGCAUACUGAUUUCAAGCUCAUGUUGAAUAUCAGGGGUAUCAAGAACUUGGUCAUUUGUGGCGUUACCACGGAUGUUUGCGUGCAUAGCACGAUGCGAGAGGCCAACGAUAACAACUUUGAUUGCUUGCUCGUGGAGGAUGCGUCGGCUGCGAGCGAGGAGCUUCUUCAUGCUCAUGCGGUUGAGUCUGUGAAGGCUGAGGGUGGGAUUUUUGGUGCCGUGGCUACUGUGGAUAAGGUUCUGGAGGCUUUGGGUGCGAAGCAAGCUGGAAUGUUUGCGAAUGAUCAGAUCAAGAAUGAUGGUUGA